GGGCUUUUUCAAAUGUGUAGGCACAGAGAGGGGCGGGUACAGUAUAGGGAGCGGAGCCAGCUGAGUCUCUCAGCAUAAAGUGCCUCUACUUCAGCGAUAAGACUUCGCGCAGCUCCACUCGAAUGUGUGUGGCGAAUGAGUGAGUGUGUGAGAAUCUAAAGUAACUGCAAGCGCUGGAACAAAAGAACGUAGGUGGAAGGAAAGAGAGACCUGUCAGAGUCAGGAAAAGGUCCCUCGCUUGUUUUCCUGAAGGCCGGUGGCGAUGGAGCGUUUAUGCGGAACGAAAUUCCCCUUCUGGGAAGCCAACCGGACGCUCCACACGGACAGCCCGGACCUGCCGGUGUGUUUCCAGCUGUCCGUCCUGUCAUGGCUGCCCUGCCUGUACCUCUGGGCCGUCAGCCCUCUCUACCUCCUCUACCUCAAGAAGAACAACAAAGGCUACAUCAUGAUGUCCAUCCUGAACCGGGUCAAAACGGCUCUGGGUGUGGUCCUGUGGAUCGUGUGCUGGACUGACCUCUUCUACACGUUCCACGAGCUGCAGAGUGGCUUCUCCCAGCCGCCCAUCUACUUCGUCACUCCGCUGGUGGUCGGCAUGACAAUGCUGCUGGCGACCUUCCUGGUCCAGUUGGAGAGGCUGCGAGGCGUGCAGUCCUCCGGGGUUCUCUUCAUCUUCUGGUUCGUGUCCACUCUGUGUGCCAUCGUGCCUUUCCGCUCCAAGAUCAUCCAGGGCCUCCAACCAGGUACGGGACCGGACCAUCUCCGACUCGCCACCUUCUACGUGUAUUUCAUCCUGCUGGUGCUGCAGCUGGUGCUCUGCUGCUUCAACGAGAAGCCUCCCCUCUUCUCCAACGUCGACACCGAUCCUAAUCCCUGUCCUGAGUCCACCGCCGGCUUCCUGUCCACCAUGACCUUCUGGUGGUUCACCAGAAUGGCAAUCAAAGGCUACAAGAACCCUCUGGAGGCUAAGGACUUGUGGUCGCUGAACAAGAGGGACAGCUCCGAGGUGGUCGUCCCUCGCCUGCUGAACGAGUGGGAGAAAGAGCAGGCCCAGGCUCAGACCUCCAGCCCUGAGGAGACGGUGACGCUGCUGUCGGAGGAGAAGAAGAAGACACCCAGGAAGCCGGCGUUCCUUCGCUCGCUGCUCAGGACCUUCGGACCCUACUUUCUGAUUGGCUCUGCCUACAAGCUGCUGCAGGACAUCAUCACCUUCGUCAACCCUCAGCUCCUCAGGAUGUUGAUCUCGUUCACCAAGGAGGAGAACGUUCCGUACUGGUGGGGCUACGCUCUGGCGUUCCUCAUGUUCUUCGUGGCGUUCCUGCAGACUCUCAUCCUGCACCAGCACUUCCAGUACUGCUUUGUCACCGGCAUGAGGCUCCGCACAGCCAUCAUAGGGGCCAUCUACAGGAAGUCUCUGGUGAUCACCAACGCUGCCAAGCGCUCCUCUACCGUGGGGGAGAUCGUCAACCUGAUGUCUGUGGACGCCCAGAGAUUCAUGGACCUCACCACCUUCCUCAACAUGCUGUGGUCCGCCCCCCUGCAGAUCGUCCUGGCGCUCUACUUCCUGUGGCAGAACCUCGGUCCGUCCGUGCUAGCCGGUGUGGCUGUGAUGGUGCUCCUUAUCCCGUUAAAUGCUGCCAUCGCUGUGAAAACCAGAGCCUUUCAGGUGGAGCAGAUGCGGUACAAGGACUCUCGUAUUAAGCUGAUGAACGAGAUCCUGAACGGGAUCAAGGUGUUGAAGUUGUACGCCUGGGAGAACUCCUUCAUGGACCAGGUCUUGGCCAUCCGCCAGAAGGAGCUCAUGGUUCUGAAGAAGACAGCCUACCUCGGCUCCCUGUCUACCAUGGCCUGGACCAGCGCCCCCUUCCUGGUUGCCUUGACGACGUUUGCGGUGUACGUGACGGUCGAUGAGAACAACAUCCUGGACGCAGAGAAGGCCUUCGUGUCCCUGUCUCUCUUCAACAUCCUCCGCUUUCCCCUCAACAUGCUGCCUCAGGUCAUCAGCAGCCUCGUACAGGCGAGUGUGUCUCUGAAGCGUAUCCAGAAUUUCCUGAGUCACGAUGAGCUGGACCCAGAGUCUGUGGACAGAGCCAACAUUGCCUCAGACUGUGCUGUCACCGUGGUCAACGGCAAGUUCACCUGGACCAAAGAGGACCCCCCUGUCCUGCACAGCAUCAGCCUGAUGGUGCCGCAGGGCUCCCUGCUGGCUGUGGUGGGUCAUGUAGGCUGUGGGAAGUCCUCGCUGAUCUCGGCCCUGCUGGGAGAGAUGGAGAAGCUGGAUGGGGAGAUCUCUAUACGGGGCUCUCUGGCUUACGUACCCCAGCAGGCCUGGAUCCAGAACGCCACGCUGAGAGACAACAUCCUGUUUGGGAAGCCCUUCAAUGAGCCCAAGUACCGCUGCAUCCUGGAGGCCUGCGCCCUGACCACUGACCUUGAAGUGCUUCCUGGAGGGGACCAGACAGAGAUCGGGGAGAAGGGUAUAAACCUGUCUGGGGGGCAGAGACAGAGGGUGAGCAUUGCCAGGGCUCUGUACAGCGAAGCGGACGUCUACCUGCUGGACGACCCGCUGUCUGCGGUCGACGCCCACGUGGCCAAGCACAUCUUCGACAAAGUGAUGGGCCCCGAUGGGGCGCUCAAGGACAAGACGCGGAUCCUGGUGACGCACGGCAUCAGCUUCCUGCCGCAGGUGGACAACAUCAUGGUGCUGGUGGACGGGCGCGUGUCAGAGAUGGGCUCCUACCAGGCCCUGCUCAAGGAGAACGGGGCCUUCGCAGAGUUCCUCCGGAACUACUCCCUCGAGGACAUCAUAGAGGAGGAGGAGGCCACAGAGGCCUUCAUUGAUGAUGAAGAGUUCCCUGACGACGCCCUUAGCAACCACACAGAUAUGGUGUCCAACGAGCCAGUGGUAAACGAAGAGAAAAGAAAGUUCAUAAGGCAGAUCAGCAUCAUCUCGUCGGAUGUGGAGAACCCCAAGACGAGGUCGGUGAGGAAGCGCCUGUGCAGCGAGCGGAAGCAUCCGGAGCCCCUACCGGAGAAGACGGCGCCAUCCAAGGAGAAGCUGAUCCAGGCGGAGACCACCGAGACGGGCCGGGUGAAGCUGAAGGUGUUCCUGGAGUACGCCCGGGCGGUGGGGCCCGUGCUCUCCGUCUUCAUCUGCUUCCUGUACUGCUGCCAGAACGCCGCCGCCAUCGGCGGCAACAUCUGGCUGAGCCAGUGGACCAACGACGCGGGACUGAACGACACGCAGGCCAACGUGCCCAUGAGGGUGGGGGUGUACGCCGCGCUGGGCAUCGCGCAGGGCAUCCUGGUCAUGAUCUCUUCCUUUACCCUGGCCAUGGGGAACAUCGGCGCGGCCAGGAGGCUUCACUUUGCCCUGCUCGACAACAAAUUUCACACGCCCCAGUCUUUCUUUGACACCACCCCCCUAGGGCGCAUCAUCAACCGCUUCUCCAAGGACAUCUACGUGAUCGACGAGGCGCUGCCCUCCACCGUGCUCAUGUUCCUGGGGACCCUGUUCUCCUCCGUCUCCACCAUGAUUGUUAUUGUUUCCAGCACGCCCAUUUUCGCCGUGGUCAUCGGCCCCCUGGCGUUCAUAUACGUCUUUGUGCAGAGGUUUUACGUAGCUACGUCACGCCAGCUGAAGCGUCUGGAGUCGGUGAGCCGCUCUCCCAUCUACUCCCACUUCUCGGAGACCGUCACCGGCUCCAGCGUGGUCAGGGCCUACGGGCGGCUCAACGCCUUCGUCACCCUGAACAACACCAAGGUGGACGACAACCAGAAGAGCUACUACCCGGGGAUAGUGGCCAAUAGGUGGCUGGGGGUUCGUAUCGAGUUCAUCGGGAACUGCAUCGUGCUGUUUGCCGCUCUGUUUGCUGUCAUCGGGAAGGAACAGCUGAACCCAGGGCUUGUGGGCCUGUCUGUGUCCUACGCUCUGCUGGUGACCAUGUCUCUGAACUGGCUGGUGAGGAUGACCUCUGACCUGGAGAGCAACAUUGUGGCUGUGGAGAGGGUCAAGGAGUACGCAGAGACCCAGACCGAGGCACCCUGGGAGAUCGAGGACAAGAAGCCUCCAUCUGAUUGGCCAACACAGGGGAAUGUGGAGUUCCGGGACUACAGUGUGAGGUAUCGAGAGGGCCUGGACCUGGUGCUGAAGAACCUCAGCCUCAGUGUGAAGGGAGGGGAGAAGAUUGGUAUCGUGGGCCGUACCGGGGCUGGGAAGUCCUCUAUGACCCUUUGUUUGUUUCGACUGCUGGAGGCGGCCGGUGGAGAGAUCACUAUCGACGGAAUCAAGAUCUCUGAUAUCGGACUCCACGACCUGAGGUCCAAGCUCACCAUUAUACCACAGGAACCGGUGCUGUUCUCGGGGUCCCUCAGGAUGAACCUCGACCCCUUUGAGCAUUACAGCGAGGAGGAGGUGUGGGGGGCUCUGGAACACUCCCACCUCCACAAGUUCGUCAGCAACCAGCCGGCCAAACUGGAGCUGGAGUGCUCCGAGGGAGGAGAGAACCUCAGUGUGGGCCAGAGGCAGCUGGUGUGUCUAGCUCGUGCUCUGCUGAGGAAGACGAGGAUCCUGGUUCUGGAUGAAGCCACGGCUGCCAUCGACCUGGAGACGGACGACCUCAUCCAGUCCACCAUCAGGACCCAGUUUGAGGACUGCACCGUCUUUACCAUCGCUCACAGACUCAACACUAUCAUGGACUACACGAGAGUGCUGGUGUUGGACAAGGGACAGGUCGCUGAGUUUGAUACUCCCUCCAGCCUCCUAUCACAGCGAGGCAUCUUCUACGGCAUGGCCAAGGACGCAGGCUUGGUCCAGUAGCUCCGCCCCGUCUCCCAGCACCCCGUCGGCUCGAGACCAAUCCCAUUUCUACUCAGGCCGCUGUACAUUCCAGCUCUUGAAUUGGAACAGUGCCAUUUUUAUUUUUUCUGUAGGAAUUUGUAUAUUUCAUUUCUGUGAUUAUUGUCAUGUGACGUACCUUUUAGUUUAGUUGGUGGAAAUGGGAUUGGGCCAAUCUCUUGUGUCAGUUCCAUAGUGCCUUGUGAAAGAAGAGAAGGCCAGUGAAUGUAUCGUUGCAGCUGUCCAUUGCAAAACCAGGAUAAACAUUCGUUAUUUGUUUGUUUUUUUGUAGGUUGUCUUUUUCUACAAACUGUGCCACUGUAAUUUCCAAACACACACAAACACUGUUUUGCAACGAACCCAGCUAUUUUUAUACUGUAUCUUUAUUUAAUCUUUUAUUAAAUCUGUUCAGAGUUGUCUUAUGUAGGGAAGUUUGCUCAGUUGGUUGUGUGAUUCUUUUGUGAACCAAAUCUGUAAAAACUUGAAUUCUGUACUACCGAAAUAUAUAAAAGAUGGUCAUACCUUUAUAAAAAAAAUAUACAUAUAUUACAAAAAGCUGAAUUUCUGGGGUUGUUUUUAUUUAAACGUUAAUAAAACAGACCCAA